UUGAUCUGCCCGGUAAAUGAGGGGCAGCAGCCAGUAAGCCUAGCUUAACAUAAAGACUGAAAACUCAGGGAAACAGUGAGGCUGGCUCUGUCCAAAGUAAAGAAAAAAAUCCCCUUCCCAUCACCUCUUAAGCUCACUAAUUAACAUCUUGUUUGUUUAAUUUGUCCACGUCAGAAGAACAAAACUGACAACAUGUGGUUUCACAGGCCACAAAGGCACAGCAACCUCACAGUGUGCUAAACUAAGAUCAGCAGCCGCUAGCUGUAGAUUUAUAUUUAGCGUCCAGACAUGAGAGAUGUAUUGAUCUGCUCAUAUAACUCUCGGGUGAGAGGCUCCCAAAAUAUCCAUCAUUGGAUCUGUAAAGAGGAUGAGUGUCAGCUCUUUCACAGACGGGAGAUCAGGAUCUUUAACAGAUCACUGGAGCUGUGUGAAGUCCCCCUCUGCUUUAAAUGCUCCACAGUCAUCCAAGUCCCCAAGAAACCCUCCAUCACAGGAUUAAAUGACUACAGGCCCGUCAACCUGACGUCUGUGGCCAUGAAAUCCUUUGAGAGACUGGUGUUUGUCUACCUGAAGGACAUCACAGGACUCCUUAUGGACCCCCUGCAGUUUGCCUACCAGGCAAACAGGAUGAAGCCCAGGUGCCUCCUCUCCACAGUGGACAGACUUCCUACCAUCGAUGAAAUGCAAGAGAGCAGCACAGAGGUUGGAGACCCGGAUUUUUCCUCACACACCAUGAAGGAGUACGUGGACUCCAUCAAAGAGCUCUCCCAGCCUUCUCACUACCCUCUGCACGGGCCACUCAGAGGGCACCGUCGAUGGAUGGCGCACGCAUGCCCCGGAGUAAAACCCUUGGUUCCAUCUAUUCUUUUGAAUUCCUCGAGCACCUACGCACCCUGGAUUCCAGUUGAACUAUCAGAUAUAUCGCUUGCUUUAACUGACCAAUCAAACAGCGACUCAUCACUGCAUUUUAAUCAGAACCUGCUGGACAGGUUGGUUGCACAAUCCCUGUUUGCAGGCCUGGUGUGAGCCAGAGGAAGGAUUAACAGGGUGCACACACUACCUUCACCGCUGGAUUUUACUCAGUUACCCCUGCAGCGUGCUUUGACACCAGCUCCAUGUUGCGUGAUUCAUUUAUGUGUAAGAAGUAAUUGAGUACAGCCAUUUUUCCAAAAGUGAUAUGCAUUCCCUUUGAAGUGUUAAAUGAGUGCAGCACAUGAAACAAAAGAUGAAAAGGGAAAAAUAUCAAGGGCAGAACAAACAAAUGAGCAGCCCUAGGCACGAGCGCACUAAGUGGUUGCGGAGGGCCCCUAAGCCACCAGGGGGCCCCCAAACAAACUGAAAAUGUGAACUCUCUUUGGGUUUUUAGUCCUGAUUUAAAUAUUUAAAGAUACACUCCCUGAUUUUUAGUGUCGGACUCAUCUGAGGGCCCGAAUAUGUAAAACAAGUAUUACAACAAAAACAAGGUGGGGCCCCCAAACAAACUGAAAAUGUGAACUCUCUUUGGGAUUUUGGUCCUGAUUUAAAUAUUUAAAGAUACACUCCCUGAUUUUUAGUGUCGGACUCAUCUGAGGGCCCGAAUAUGUAAAACAAGUAUUACAACAAAAACAAGGUGGGGCCCCCAAAACGAAUUGAUAAGGUGAAAUGUUAAAUAUUCAAAGAUACUUUUGUUUUCAGAGUCUGCUGAGGGACCCAAACCAUGGAAGAUUUGAAAUGCCCAAAUUAAAACAAACUGAGGAGAGACAUAAAGUAAAAUACAGUACACAUUUUUAUCUGUUAUUCCUUCUCCAUCUGCAUUUACUGUGUCAUAUUAGAUGAAAAACAUAUGUAAAGGGGUAAUUAUUUAGCUUUUUGGCUGGACUCCAGGUGUCUGGGGGGGGGUUGGUCCUCGAAAUGCAAGUCUGUCACUGAGUGAGUGAUGAAGUUGCACCAUUCGUCUGUUAAUUUGGGGUGUCCCCAGUGGCUGCUGGUCUUUCAGAAUGAAUUAAAUUCAUCCUCAAUCUGAUCCACCUGCUCAAUACAAACGAGAUUGUUGCUGUGCUGUCACCCCAUCUGUACUGGCAACCCAAUUUGCUCAGAUCCUGUCUCCUGACCAAUGGGUUAUCCUUACCCUCUCACAGAGCCAGCGCUGCAUCAGCACCACAGAAAGGUCUGGAAGCACCCAUUAUCAUUUUGGUAUAAGGUAAAAAUGUUGUUUGUAUUUCUCUAAACCAAUCACAGUGGUCUUGGGUGGUGCUAGGCCCAGGAAUGCAGCAAUACUGCCCUUGCAACACUGUGCGUGAAUCCAAAUGUCAGGACCUCACCGCACUUGCAGACUGGCGGACUUUGCAGACGUGUUCCUGGGUAGUCCGGGGGUGCUAAGGGCUGUCAAAAUCCACAAUUCAUCCAGUCCACACGGGGCCUCAAGCAGACUUUCUGCAGACUUCCAGAGAGUCCGCUUGGGGUGCAGACUUCAGCAGACUUUGCUGUUCAGUCACACAUUAAAAGACCUAUUUCACGGCAACGAGUAAUACAGUCUUGAGGGCAGUCUCUACCUUGCAGACUUUACGUGUUGACAGUGAAUACGUCACACCAGGUACACCUGAAGUCUGCUAGGGUGCAGUCCACAAGUCCAGAGGGUGGAUAUUUGGAUUCAGCCUGUGUCAUGCAGAUAGUUUAAGGGGAGGAGAAUCCUGGCUGCAAAAGCCACCAAUGGCAGGCUUACACCCACAGUCUACACCCAGUGAGUCCUGACCCUAACCGUUUGAUUUCGAUGCCCAGCCCAAACUGUAAGCCGUCUGAUAUAUUUUUUGGUUGCUAGCUCAGUAGUCCAAAGUGGGGAGUUACCUGAAUCCAGUCGGGACCAGUGGUGCAGUGGUAGUUAAUGAGGUGGGUGUACUACGAAGUAGAUGGGCAGGUUACCUGGGAGGAAUUGGGUAUUCUCUCCUAUAUCUCCAAUGGCCUUUUGGCUGAAAGGUCAGUAUAGGCUACUGUAAACGGUCAGAAAAAAAGGUAGAUACCUGCAUAUACCCUUCACUGCACCACUGACUGGGACACUAUUGUUUACAGUUCCCACCUUGUUAUUGAUCAAGAAAAAGUAGGCCGAAAAAUUGCCUAAGACCUACGAUGAAGUCACUGAGUGAAUGUUAAAUCUAUUAAGAGAUUAGCCUGCUAAGAUGAAUUAAUAGACCAUGUAAACAAAAUGCACGAACUUCAUGUAGGACAUUUCAACCCAUGAGCAUAUUUUGAAUGUGCAGUGUUCAACUAUUUUUUUUUACUCUCUAGUUGUUAUUAUUGACUUUCUGUCUUUUACUUUUCUUUUUGAUGGAAAAUGAAGCUCAGUAGCCUUCAUAAACCUGUAGGCUACACGUAGCCUGUGGCAACCACACUGAGCUGAGAGAUGCCUCUGAAAUGAUGACUCGGAAGACAGCCAGAUUUCAUCUCUCAGUAGUUUAUAAAAAUGUGAUAAUUUUACAAAUGUUGCCUUUUCUCAAGGAAAUGUGUCAAUAACUGACAAUAUAAUAAGGUGUUAAACCAAUUUUCUUUCAGUAUAAAUGGAAUAGUUUUUAGGCCAGCACAAGGUGUCCCAACUGACCCUACCCACUGUCCCAGCGGUCCAUGGGAGAUGGAAUAUUGGGAAAUAUAUUAUAUUUAUAUUUAUUUAUAUAUUAUAAAAUUGUGCCUUUUAUGUUUGGGUUGGGCUCUAGGAAAACUUGAUAAACUGUUAGCAGACACCUGUAGAUCUGUUCAGGGAUCAAAUUAUUUUCAUUAUUGUACAAGUAGUCUGUGAGUAAUGGAGGAUUAUUUUGUUGUUGUAAAAGUGUCCCAACUGACCCCACUCUCCCCUACUGAAUACAGAAUGUGGAUUAUCAAACAUACAGAUGUAUAAUCAUUUUACAAAUCAUGCAUGACUGAUAUAUAUUUUUUUAAAGAGGCAACAGAUAGGAUUAUUUUUUUUUUUUUUAGCUUGGCGCCCCCUAGCGUCAGUGGUGUUGCGUCGCACUGUCGCAACAACCAAAUUGACCGUGGGGAUCAGAGGUUAUCAAUAGUAUGACUCUGUUAGA